UCGGCAAUCGUAGCGAGUAACGGUGGAUUACGCGAACAGCUCGCCAAAUGCCAUGAAACGCGUUGCUGGAUAUUAAAGAGAGAAAAAACAAAAAAACCAACAACAAUGUAGUGAGUUGCAACGGUUGAUUUUUCGACUGUUGAAUGGUAUUUGUGUAGGAUUUUAUCUUUUUAUUGGCAAAAGCCCAUGAUUCGAGUGCAUCAGAUCAGUUUAAAAGACAAGCACACAUAUGCAAGAGUACAUGUGUGUGUGUUGAAGACUUUUCAUUGCGUUUGGCGACGAAAUUAAUGAAGUUGUCACACGUAGACGCGUUGGAAUGAGCGAGUUUAUCUACAUUUAAAAUGCAUUGUGUUGCCAAAUUGACAACGACGGUACUUUCAAAUGUGUACGCUGGUGUGUGAGUGCAAGUGUUCGUAUGUGUAAUAAAGGGGAGCGCAAGAAAUAAACAAGUAAACAGUAACAGCUGUUGGCGCUUGUAAACGAGUGCAAAUGUUUUUUUCGGUUUCAUUGCUAAUUAGUAGAAAUGCGAAGGACAAUCCGCGAAAUAUCCCGGUACUAGGCGCAAUUGUUGAAUGCCGUCGGCACUUCAUAGACUUGAAUUUCUGAUAACGGCCUUAUUUAAUUUUGCAUUUGUUUGAUGAUGAAACUGCUAUGCUUGGUGAAGUUUACAAAAUUUUCCAAGCGAUUAAGUUUAAGAGUGCCCUUGGUCUGCUAUUUUGAUUCAAUAUACCAUAAUAACAAAGUUUUUCUGAAGAGCGUAAUUUGUUACGCUUAUAAUGGCAAAAAAAAUAUCAAAGCCUAAUACUAUGGGAAAUAAAAUCACGAGUAGAACCUGAAAGGACGCAUUUUAUAUGAACACAUGACGACAAAGUCAAACUUGUAACAGAACAUAUCAGUUAAACAGGUUAUCGACAAAAAUAUUAGAGAGUUAAAUUACAAUUAAAAAUUACAAAUACAGUUACCAAGCAUCAGCAGAACGCUUCACUUCCUCCGGCAAAAUGUUUUGGAUAUUACGACGAACCGGUGCUGCGAAUUUCUUCAAUUCGCUAAACAACAAUUGCAGCUCAUCAAAGGGUGGAAGUAGUUCGGGCACACAAGAUAAAUAUGUGAAGCGACCACCUCGCAAAGCUUACGGUCGGCUAAGUGCCGAUUCGGACGAUGCCAGUUCACAGCAAAAGCACAAAAUCGAUGAUCCCUUUGAUGAGUUUGAUAAUUUCAAAAUAAUAACUUCGGGCGAUGGAUGUAAUAAUGGUAAUAGUAAUAGCAGCGCUACAUGCCAGCAUGUGUACCCGGUGGUGAGUGAUGGGGGGGGUGGUGGAGGCGGCCGCGCUGGCGCAGCUGCCAUUAAUGGCUCUAUGAUUCCUUGUACACUGCCCGAUUGCCAGGGAAAUUUUGUUACCGAAGGCAUGUGUCACCUGAAUGAUGCGACGGGCUGCGCGGGCGGUGGUGGCGCAACGAAAUCGAACUCAUCCGCAAUGCAGAGGCACAAGGAAGUCAAUGAGAACACUAUAAACCGAUUGCAAGCGAUGGCGAUGUCAGAUGAUGAUGAUUAUGAUGAAUCUCUGACAUGCAAUGUUUGUGAUAGAGCUUUCCAUUGCCAUAGGCAAUUGGCUUCGCAUCAGCAGAAGAAACGUCAUUUCGGUUGCAACGCAUGCGAUAGUCUCUUCCCAUCACUAAUGAUACUUGAACAUCACAAAGAGGAGUUUGAACACUGGAGUGACGACGAGAUCAGUCGGCAAGUUUGCUGUCGACGAAAUCGAGGUGACGAUUACUUUACUGAUACCGACUCCUUUACCAGCGAGGCGGAGAGCGAGGAUAUGGAAAGGUUAUUGUAAAUGGCUGCAAGAAUUGAGUUAAAAGAACUAUUAUAUAUGUAUAGGCAUGAAUGACAGAGAAAAUAUAUGCACCAAGGAACAUCGAUGGAGUAUCCAAGUCUGCUUACAAGAAAACCAAAAUGCGAGAUGGCAUUCAAUGCUGUCAAGGCCUCAAUACAAGUACAAGGAAUGUCGUUCAUAAAAUUCUUUGUGUGGAACCGCUCGUGCGUGCCCGAGUCAACAAGUUGAUUAAACUAACAUUAUGCUAUGUGUUUUUAUAUCCCAAAAGUCUACAACUCUUGACCACAAGCGCUCUUUUCAAGUGUGCAUUACAUCAAAAGCAAAUAUCUUAGUACAUUAUACCCACUGUAUAGUAGCUGGUAGCUAAUAUAGCGGUACUUCAUUGGAGCAAAUGUGUGAAAUAAGUUAAGUUUAAAGUUAAGAGAGUAUCAUCCCGACUAAAAAUAAGACUAGUGGAAGAUAUUGUAAAUAAAAUGAGUCUAGGUGGUGAAGAUUCACAUGCAACAAAACGCUUACAAAUGUAUGUAUAUAUAAUAGCUGUAAAACCUUUAUGAAGAAAUAACCCAUAUCGACUUGUAUGUCUUUUUUUUAAAUUUGAAUAUUCGUAGGUAUUGAUCCUCAGACAUACAUAUGUAUGUGCAUGGAACUCAAACAGACGAAUAAUACGACAUUCGCGAUCCAUAUACAUGUAUAAGGAAGAGUAUGACGUAAUGUUAUACACAGUUAGUUUUGUUUGUCAAGAGGAGCUUUGGUGCGGCGCUAAGGUGUUGAAUUUUUCGGCACUAAAGUUGCAUGCCACCUCCUUGAGUAUCUUACGACAGACUAAGUAAGGAAACUUGAUCUUCCUGAAGCUGGAUAACUGAUGGUUGCUACAAAUAUGAAUAAUACUAUCUUUUUACCUACCUCACAGUCAGUUUCGCAUACAUUGGUAGCGAUCCUCAAAGCUAAUUGUGUUCGAAUUCGGAAUUCAACCAACAUCGUCGAGUUGUUUUUUUCUUCAAUUGAAAAACGUAAGCACAGUCACAUGAUAUUUUCGAUAAAAACGUCUUUGCACGACAUUGCACGAAAGCGUUCUUAAGCUGACACUGAGUCGAGGAAAGUUUUGAUUGCGUUGUUAUAUGCGUCAAAUUCUGUUUUUAUACGGUUUGAAAAUAACAUUUUUUUUUAUUUUUUACUCGAUUUUAAUCCACUUAGCAUGAUUAAAAUUUUUGGGCUUAAAUUUUAAGAUCAAAUGUUUAGGAGAAUUCUAUUUUUGUGGAUACAAGUUUACUGGUCAGAGCAAUUGUAAAUAGCACAAAUUUAGGGUAAUUCCCUUUUUGUAUCCACAAAAAGAUUACAAGCAAUGCGAGUUACUGAUGAUGACCGCAAUUAAAUUUUUUCUUCCUGUAUUUAUGAUUCUCAUUAUAACCUGAACAUGGUAUAUUAAUUUUGCCACGAUGUUUGUAAUACCCCAAGGGAAACCUCAGAGACUCUAUAAAGUUUAUCACAUACAAGUAUAUUUGCUGAGUCAUGCGAACUAGUCCCACAGUUUUUGAGGCCGCUCUUUUCUCGUCAAGAAGCUGCCAUACAAACUGAACGAUCGGAACCAAGUGCUUGUAUGGAAAACUUUUUCACUUGAUCUUCACGAAAUAUGGCAUGGAUUGUCUAAGGCCACGAUGCGAGUUGAAAUCCGGGUGACUGUCUGUCCGUCCGUGCAAGCUCUAACUUGAGUAAAAAUUGAGAUAUCUUUAUGAAACUUGGUAGACAUGUUUCUUGCUACCGUGAGACGGUUGGUAUUGCAGAUGGGCGCAGUCGGACCACUGCCACGCCCACAAAACGCCAUUAAUCAAAACCAAAUAAAUUGCCAUAACUAAGCUCCGCAAUAAGAUACAAGACUGUUAUUUGGUACACAGGAUCACAUUAGGGAGGGACAUCUGCAGUUAAAUUUGGGUUUUUAAGUGGGCGUGGUCCCGGCCCUUAUAGGUUUAAUGUGCAUAUCUCCUAAACCGCUAAUGCUAUAAUAACAAAAUUGGUAGCAAAUGUUUUUAGAACCUCUAUCUACAGUGCGAAAAUAGUUGAAAUCGGGUGACAACCUCGCCCACUCCCCAUUUAACGGUACUGUUAAAAACUACUAAAAGCGCGAGAAAUCAAUCACUAAACACGCCAGAGACAUUAAAUUUUAUCUCUGGGAUGGACUGAGAUGACUUUAUAGGAACCGCGUUCAAAAUUAGACAGUGGGCGUGGCACCGCCCACUUUUAGGUGAAACCCCACAUCUUGGGAUCUGUUUAACCGAUUUCAACCAAAUUCAGUAAGUGACAUUCUUCUCAUAUCUCUAUGUUAUAGUGCAAAAAUGGGCGAAAUCGGAUUACAACCACGCCUAUUUCCCAUAUAACACCAUGUUAAAUUUUAUUUGAUUCUUUCACUUUCCAGUAUGCAAAUCAAGUAACAGCGUCCCGGAGCGCAGCGGAGGGCGCCUAGUAUAUAUAUAUAUAUAUAUAUAAGGGAUAUUACAUCCCUUCCUUACUUGUUUUAAAUAAUUUUUUCUUACCUUACAAAUUUAAUAAUAUUUUCUUUUUGUUAACAACAUAGCUUUUUUACAUAAUCCUUGCUUUUCACUAGUUCUAAUAGGUUUUAAAGAUAAGAAAUCCAUCGCCUAUUUUUGCAUACGAUCAACAUUUUUUUUAUAUGCAACAAAUCUACCGUGUAAAAACAGAACUAGGUGUAUUUUUAAAUAUAUAAUAAACACUUUUUGAAUGUGCUAAUACGUACUUUUGUAAUAGAUAUUGCAAAUAAUACUCGUAUAUAUGGUAUUUGUAUCAGCUAAUAUUGCAACUGCUAAUUUGCUUUGAUUUUAUAUGUGUCUGUAUGUAGAAUUUGUUUUGUUUAUAUUAUAUAUGUAUGUUUCAGGUCUACGUGCAUAAAAUAUCAUUUCUCAUUUAGUGGUAGUAUUCGAGUUUAGUACGUAUUUAUAUUUAUAUAUACAAGUAUAUAUGUGUAAAUGAAAAUUAACUUUGAUGUUUACUUAAAUGAAAUUUCUGUAUUAAAAUUUACCACAGAUGUAUAGACACUUGAUAUAAACGAGAAACGAAAAUAAAUUCAUUUAUUUCUCGUUGAAAUUUAGUGAAAUUUUCAUUGCGGUCAUCAGCUAAUGGUAUCGGAUUUUAUUAAGUAUUUUGCGUGCAAUUAUUUUCUAAUUGAGAAUAAAUUUUACCGAAUUUAAUUGCCCUGAUAGCUGAUAAGAAUAUUA